UCGUGCUAAAUGGAAAAAGUCGCGCAACCAUAUCUAACAACUUUUAAUUUUCAAAUCGUGUUGAAAUAAAAAAUUAAAUAUACAUACAUACAUAGAAUUUAAAAGUCUGUAGGUAGCAGCUCUUUGGCUUAUCAGUUGAAAUUACCAGGUGGUGGAGAGUGUCCCUACUGUCUUUUUUUUAAUUAAUCUUCGUACACUCAAAAAAGAAAUAACAUGAUUCAAAUGAAUAUUUCCAUAUUCAGUCCAAUGUUUUAAUAUUUCGUCGUUAAUUCGUACACUUAACUAAAAUCAUAUUCAAAUGCUGUUUUAUUAAUGAGUAACAAAACAAGGUAUAUUUAAAUAUUGAUAAAUGCUUCACAAAUUACGGUGCAGUAUGAAUUUAAAGACGUUGCUUGUGUGCUGGAUCAUCGCCUUUAAUGCCAGUUUGGUAUUUGCGGUUAUAUCUGCCAAUUUGGAGGAUUCUUGUUCCGAAUGUUCAUUAUGUUUUGAGGAACCUGUUCCCAGAGAGGACGAUAUAAACUUUAGCUAUGAGGCUUUGAAGCUGCCCAGACCUACAACUGGUCUGCUUUAUCCCCGGGAAUCUGAGACCCGCGAGGUGCGCAGUCUGGACGGGCUGUGGCGCUUUAUCAAGUCCAACUCCAGCGAUUCGCAGCAGGGAUUGCUUGAGAAAUGGUACGAACUAGGAUUAGAGCAGACAGGAAUACCCACCAUGGCCAUGCCAGUGCCUGCCUCCUACAACGAUAUUACCGUACACGCUGCUCUGAGGGAUCAUGUGGGCAUAGUUUGGUACGAACGUAGUUUCUUUCCGCCCAACAGCUGGGAGAGAGAACAGCGGGUGUGGCUGCGUUUUGGCAGUGUGCAUUACAAGACUGAGGUCUGGAUCAAUGGUCACUCGGCGCUGAGGCAUAGCAUUGGCCAUUUGCCUUUUGAGGCGGAAAUAAGCAAAUUUUUGAAGUUUGGAGCCGAGAAUCGACUGACACUGAUGUGCGACAAUCGACUCAACGACACCACUGUGCCACAGGGCACGGUGGUAUAUAACUCAAGCGAAUCUAACAACGAGCCCCUGCAAACGUACACUUUUGAUUUCUUCAACUAUGCAGGCAUACAUCGAUCCGUCCACUUAUACACCACGCCGCUGGUUUAUAUCAGCGACAUAGCACUACAUACUGACGUACAAAACAAGAGGGGCCGUAUUGACUAUAAAUUAAUGGUUAAUCACGUUGAUCAGACGCCCUGCUUAUUGCGGGUGAGAUUGCUUGACAAGUCUGGCCAAUUGGUGAGAGAACAAGAGAAUACAAAUCUGUUAGACGGCACGCUCGUGGUGCCUGAUGUAAACCCUUGGUGGCCGUAUCUGAUGCAUGAACAGCCUGGCUAUUUAUAUAAUUUGGAGUUUGCCAUACAUGCCAAGGACACGAUGCGGCUAUUGGAUGUUUAUCGGAUGCCCGUGGGAAUACGCAGUGUAGAGUGGAAUACAAAGAGUCUGUUUAUAAAUGGAGUCCCAGUCUAUUUGAGGGGCUUCGGCAAGCAUGAGGACUCGGAUAUACGCGGCAAGGGCCUGGACUAUGCUCUGCUCGCCCGCGACUUUAGUUUGCUAAAGUGGGUGGGUGCCAAUGUCUAUCGCACCUCGCACUAUCCCUACUCCGAGGAGUCCAUGCAUUUCGCCGAUGAACAGGGUAUUAUGAUCGUCGAUGAGUGUUCCAGCGUCAACGCGGAUAUUUUUGGGCUUGAACUGCUGCAGAAUCAUAUGUCCGCAUUGGAACAACUUGUACAUAGGGAUCGGAACCAUGCCAGUGUUAUUGCCUGGUCUAUAGCAAACGAGCCGCGAACAGCCAAAAACGCUUCGAAGCCCUAUUUUGAUAAGUUAACAGCCUAUGUGCGCACCAUCGCGACAGAUCGACCACUGACGGCAGCCACUAAUGUGGAAUGGGACAAGGAUCACAUGGUACAGUUUCUGGACAUCAUUGGCUUUAAUCGUUACAAUGCUUGGUAUCAUAAUGAAGGCCAAGUUGACAUUAUAGCAAAAAACGUUUACAACGAGGCUAAUGAUUGGUAUAAUCGUUUCCAACGACCCAUCAUAAUGUUUGAGUACGGCGCUGAUACAAUGGAGGGUUUUCACAUGUUACCGGCUUUCAUAUGGUCCGAAGAUUAUCAGGUAGCUCUCUUUACGCAGCAUUUCCAAGCCUUUGAUAAGCUGAGGAAUCAGGAAUGGUUUAUCGGCGAAUUUGUUUGGAACUUUGCUGACUUCAAAACGGCACAAAAAUAUCAUCGUGUUGGCGGCAACAAGAAAGGAGUCUUUACGCGCAAUCGUCAGCCCAAGGAAGCUGCAAUUUUGCUUCGUCGACGCUAUCAUGCACUUGCGUUCAAGUUGAGCAAUGUAAGCUUGCCGUCCGAUUUGUUUGACUAUAUUAUAGACUGGUCCUAGAUUACGUGUAUAUAAAUAUAUCUAAGUAUGUCAUCAUUGGGAAUAUA